UUUCUUCGAAAAGUGUCACUAUGUAUGUAGGUAAUUAAAUUAUGCGAACGAGUCGAGCUAAUGCCCAACAAAUCGAAUUAACCGACGACUUAAUACAAUUACUAGGGCAGCAGGGUAGACGAUUUUGAGGCUUCUUCUGCGCGCUGGUGAAAAUCGUAUCGCACAUAUAAAAAGGUAAAAAUGGGCAAAGAAGACGCAGAAACUAUAGCCCUAAGGAAAGAACUGGAGAGUCUCAUUGACAAGUGCAAGGAAGAGCAGAAGAAGCAGCAGGAUACGACUUUGGAACAAGCGUGCGGCGGAGUGGCAGAUGCUCCGAAAGUUAAAUUGUCGACUAAGAAGUUGCUGAAAGGGCAUAUCAAUAAAGUCAACUCGGUGCAUUACAGCGGCGAUAAUCGACAUUGCGUGACCGGUUCAUUGGAUGGAAAGUUGAUCAUCUGGGAUUCAUGGACCGGUAACAAGGUGCAGGUCAUCCCGUUGCGUUCAGCCUGGGUGAUGUCAGUUGCAUUCGCGCAGUCCGGAAAUUUUGUCGCGUGCGGCGGUAUGGACAACAUGUGCACCGUCUAUGACGUGAACAAUCGCGACGCCACGGGAUCCGCCAAGAUCAUAAGGGAGCUGCUGGGUUACGAGGGAUUCCUGUCGUCUUGCAGAUUUCUCGAUGAUAAGAACCUCAUCACGGGAUCCGGCGACAUGAAAAUUUGCAUAUGGGAUCUUGAGGCCAAUAAAAAAACGACAGAUUUCGAGGCGCAUGCGGGCGACGUAGUGAGCAUUAGCUUGUCUCCCGACGGCAACACUUACGUUACCGGCUCGGUCGACAAAACUUGCAAACUGUGGGAUCUACGAGAAGAGAAAGCCAAGCAGACGUUCUUCGGUCAUGAUGCUGAUGUAAACUCCGUUUGUUAUCAUCCUUCCGGGCAAGGUUUCGUAACAGCGUCCGAGGACAAGACGGCAAGACUGUGGGACUUCAGAUCCGAUCAGGAAUUGGCCACCUUCAAGCCGCCAAGCUCGAAUCCCGGAUUUACGUCAUGCGGCUUGUCUUUAAGCGGCAGAUUCAUAUUUUGCGGCAGUGACGAUAAUUCCAUUCACAUAUGGGAUACGUUGAAGAACCAACACAAUGGUGUUUUGUCGGGCCAUGAGAACAGAGUGACGUCGCUCAGUGUCGCUGGCAACGGGAUGGCAAUAGCCAGUUGCUCCUGGGAUCAGUACGUUCGAAUUUGGGUGUGAACAUAGCAUGUGAUUUACGUGAUUAUAGUGAGUAAAAGUGAUCGAUGAGAAGACACCGGACGGAAUAUAUUACUAAAAAUAUAUUGAUGUUAAAAGCCGAUCGAUUCUUCUUGCACGAAACCUGCACAGCGAUCCUAGUUCAAUUAAGUUCUUAUCGACAUAAGCUGCUUUUUUCAUUAACGUUUUCAUUUUACAAUUACGUCAUCAAUACAAAUCAUAUCUUGAUUUAUGUUAAACUGCGUUCGCAACUUAUAUCCAUUGUUAAACUAAGUGUUACAAAAUAUAUAAAUUUCUUCGA